CUCUCCGCUCACUCACAUUCACACCUUUCCUUCCGCAGCAGACUGGAGUCGAACCCGUCGCCAGAUUCUAUGUGAAUAUUUGGUUGUGAUUUAAUGGCGGACCCCUGUGCCCCCCCAGCACUAUGGACUGUCCUGACCUGCAGCUCGGCAUUAUGGGUCUGAAACCGAGAGUUGAGUUGAGUUUCUGGAAGGGAUUAAAAGUCUGAAACUCCGAAGGAUUCUCGAACUGCUUAUUUUAGAUUCCUGUUGUUCAGUGUUGAUUCAGUUGAGUGUUCCCGUUGAACCGACAGGUAAAAAUGCCCUUCAUGCCGGUGAAGUUCAACCUGCCGAAGCGGGUGAAGCUGGCUCAGGGUCUGUGGAUGAUCUACUGGCUCUCGGUCAUCGUAGGGAUCCUCAUCUUCAGCCUCGGCAUCUUUUUUAAGAUUGAGCUGCGGAAGAGAAGCGAGAUGAUGGACAACAACGAGAGCCAUUUAGUGCCCAACCUGCUGAUCCUGGUGGGCUUGUUGGCCUGUGGGGUCAACGCCUUCGGAGGGAAGGUGUGCCACGACUCUCUGGACCCGAUCAAGUUCGCCAAGUGGAAGCCGAUGCUGAAGCCAUACCUGCUGCUGUGCUGUGGCUUCAAUGCGCUGCUGCUGCUGACGGCGAUGCUCUGCUUCCUCAUGCAGUUUGCCGUGUACCUGACGCUGGCCGAGGGCCUGAAGAACAGCAUCAAGUUCUACAAAGACACGGACACACCGGGACGCUGCUUCAUGAAGAGGACACUGGACAUGACGCAGAUCGAGUUCCGCUGCUGUGGCAACAACAACUUCAGGGACUGGUUUGAGGUGCAGUGGAUCAGCAACCGCUACCUGGACAUGAGCAACGACGCAGUCAAAGAUCGGGUCCUCAGUAAUGUGGAGGGAAAGUACCUGAUGGACAGCGUCCCAUUCAGUUGCUGUAACCCUGGGUCCCCUCGGCCCUGCAUCCAGCAUCACCUGACCAAUAACACCGCCCACUAUGACUACGACCACCGCAUUGAGGAGCUCAACAUCUGGACCCGGGGAUGCCGCGAGGCCCUCUUCUCCUACUUCAGCGGCAUGAUGAACAGCAUCGGAGUGCUUGUCAUCGCCACCAUAAUCCUGGAGUCGGUGGACAUGGCGGGUUUGAAGUACCUGAGCACGGCUCUGGAGACAAUGGAGGACCCAGAGAAUCCAGAGUGUGAGAGUGAAGGAUGGCUGCUAGAGAAAGGCGUGAAGGAGACGUUCAGCGAGCUGUUCGCCAAGCUGAAGACGCUGGGGAAGACCAACCAGGUUGAGGAGGGUGCGGACGCACAGGAGGCCGCCACCUGAGAGCCCCGCCCACCACAAAGGACUGGGGUGUCCCCCCUCUCAACCCCCCAUCUCCACCUGCCUCUCCCCCAAACACAGGGAACGAGAGAGGAGAGGUCUUCUUCUUCUGUACAUAAGCCAUCCACACACACACACACACAGACACACACACACUCACACACACAGACACACACUCACACUCACACACACACACACACACACACACACUCACACACACACACAGACACACACACACACACUCACACACUCACACACACACACACACACACACACACUCAAAGUGAACAAGUCAUUAAAGUUACUGUGAAUGUCGAUAUUAUUUUCCAUUCUGUAAAUAUGUUGAACAGAGUUUAUUUUUAAUCAGGAGGAACAGAAACCUGCUGCUGUAAAUAAAACAUCUGGAUUUAAAUUGUAUACAAAUAAUAACCCCCCCCAGUGAGCCCGACCGAUACAUCAGCACUGAUAUCAAACAUGUUGCAGUUCCACAGUUUGUCUAGCAGAGGGCAGAAACAAUCUAUUUUUUAUUUGUUUAUUAUUUAUUUGAAAAACAAACAUCAGCUGUUUUAUGUCCACAUUUUGGUGUUUGUGUCCCAGACAUUGAGUAUCGGUCGAACUCUGGUCUUUACCGUCGCUGGCUGACCUCUGACAAGGAAACAGACGGCUAAAACAUCCAAAAUUAAAACAAGGUGUGUUCAGUGCUGAGUACCACUCCUGACCACCAGGAGGUCAAUACAUGAAGGUCUAUACAGGUAAAUACAGGUAAAUACAGCUUAAUAUGCAUUGGGGAAGAUUCACAUGGUUUCUUGAAUUUUAUUUGGAUAUCGUCUCGCAGUCAUCUUUUUCACUGGCUUUUGGGGGGGGGUUUCCAGCAGACAGAAUUAAAUUCUUUACUUUCACAUGUUGUGCUUUUGCAGGUUUGUUGAUAAACUGCUCACAUUCAUCAGCCAAAGGAAUGAUAGCUAGCAUUAAUGCUAACAUCUGUAACCUCAAGCACAGGAUUGGUAGAGCAUGCUGAGCCUGGCAGACCUGGUUCAGGGUGUCACGUCUUGGCCGUCUGGUUCCUGUCUAAGACUCUGGUUGGUAAUGAAACAGGAAAGUUUUUUUACACUAGCAGCCAAACCAACACACACACUUUGAUGAGCAAUUUAAUCUUCAUCAAAUAUGAAUAUUUAGUGUUGACUCAGUGUAACAGACAGGAAGCUGCAUCAGAGCGUGUGUGUGGAUCUGGUCUGUGUUCAGUCUUACAGAAGUAAAGUCAGAUCGGAUGUAUAGUGAUUUAAGUGAUUUAAGAGAAAUUCAGUUUUAAGUUACAGCUUGUAAUAUUUGUAUGUUUCUGUUUUCUUUCUUUGUAAUAUGGAGAGUUGUGAUGUUUAUUGUGGGUUGGUUGGAGCUUGUAGUCGCUCUGCUGUGUUCGAUAAAACCUAUAAAGAGAUUGUGACUGACA